UGGAAAAUGGAAACCCAUAACCCGUGGCUAAGCGUGUUGCAAAAGACUGAUCUAUUUGUAAAUUCUGUUGAUGACCAUGAAAGAAAUUGGAACGACAUAUUACAACAAUUACAGACAGUGGAAAAAUAUUUGAAGAACGAACGUUAUAGAGAAUCAGUACCAGAGUCAUUUUAUUCAUCUAUUUGCCAAAUACUAAAUGAAGGCGGCCACCAAAUUAUCGAUCAGAGGGAAGAAUGUCAUCUGAUUGUUUCAGUUUUAAUAGAAUGCUUUCGGUGCUUGAGAAAUGGAUGUGCCAACUGUGCUCGGAACCAAACCCAAAUAGCUGCACAACCUGGUAUCUUAAAAGAAACGAUUUAUAUCGCUGAAAAUCUCAAAUCCAAACUGCAUAUCCCAGAAUCCCAUCUUAUCACAGUGCCAGGAAAACUAGGUGCAGUGCUUUUAAGGUGUGUCAUUCAGUUCUUGGGAAAUUUUAUAGUUAAAAAUCAUGAAAAUCAACAGGAAGUUUUGAGAGGAUUAAAGUCAUUGUUCAGAGAUUUUGUGAGUUCUCCAGAUGAGAAGUUACCGUCUUACACCUGUAUGGUUUUACAUGCCUGCCUUUCCGGACAUAAAACUGAAGAUAGUAAACUCGAAACAUUUUUAACAAGUGAAGUGGAAGGAAAACUUCUUCUUGCCUCUAUCCUUGAUGCUUUUGAAAGGUGUCAUUCUGAAUGGCUGUUAUUUGUCAUACAAGAUGUCCUUCAGCUCAACAAUACUUGGGCCAGUAUGAAAGCUGCUUUUACAACUAAAAGGAAGCUUUUAUUGCUAGAAGUAGCAAGCCAGCUAUUGUCAUGUGAUGGAGGAAGUGGUGGACAAGAUUCAAAGGGGAGCAUCAAUGUUUCUUUGUCUAACUUAAAGGCCAUUGCAGAAGAUUUUAAACAAUCAGGUGGUGGAAUAAUCGGACUUACUGAGCCUUCGCUGGAGAGAAUAGAGAGUCCUGAGGUGAUAUUAAAGGAGUUAGAGGUUCUUUGCUUAGCUACUUCCGACCCAUACCUCUAUUGGACGCUCCGUGAAGACGAACAGCUGCUUCAGACAACCAUAGGAAUUCUCCACAAGGUGCAUUCCUUGGGCAAAAUGGGGAACAACGCGUUCAGUAGUGUAACAAAACCAGCAGAGUCGGAUUCUAUAACCAAUAGUCAGCAUGUGGCUGGGUUAAAGAGGGAUCUAAUCCGACUGACUGGAAACAUGGUGUACAGAAAUGUAACGAAUCAGAAUCUGGUCAGACAACUUGAUGGUAUCCCUCUUAUCCUAGAUCAUACAAGCAUAGAUGAACGCAAUCCUUUCAUCACCCAGUGGUCAAUUUUUGCCAUCAGGAACCUUUGCGAAGACAACCAGGAAAACAAAGCCGUAAUUGCAGCUUUAAAGAUGGAAGGGCUUAGUGACAGUGUGUCUCUGUUGAAUGAAAUGGGAGUGAGUGCAGAAGUUUGUGAUGAGAAGGUGGUUGUGAAACGCUUACCAAAAUCUUGAUGGUCUUCCUCGCUGAUCAGUGGUGAUUAUUAAAAUGAAAUAUGGUGUAUACAUGUGUAGUUAGUCAUUUUCUUCAGAUGCUAAAAACCUGUUAUUGGAAGAGGACAAGAAUCUUGCGUUCAAUGAUGCACUUAUCCUUGUCAUUUGCUAACAGUCAUAAAGUUACAGAGCUAUAUUCUAUAUACUUUUCUCUAAGUGUCUUUGGAUCUGGUCAGAUUGCGGGCCUCUCUAGUGCUUUCCUGCAGCCAUAAAACUGACAUCUGCCCUAUACAUCAUGUGAACUAUGUAAGGUGUUAAACCACAACAGGUGAAAAAAAGUAAACUCUGGUGUUUGUGAUCACUUGUGAACGCUCUGAACCGCAAUCUGUCAGAACUGCCGUAAAGUUUUCAUGGAAGCCUUGUCUCUGAAAUCUGUGAUAACUCUCUGUGUUUCGAAUCUUUCUACUUUAUAUGUCUUCAUUAUCGAUUAAUGCAGUAAGCAUACCUAAGACUGGACUUCUGUUCUUUGUUCUGUAUUGGGUACUUGUGCUUUAUCACACGGGGGGCCGUGGCUCAGCUUGUUAGCGCGUUAUGGCAGCGUAAAGGCCGAGAAGCUUCUCACCAAUGCGGUCGCUGUGAAUUCAAGUCCAGCUCAUGCUGGCUUCCUCUCCCGUAAGUGGGAAGGUCUGCCAGCAACUUGCGAAUAGUCGUGAGUUUCCCCCGGGCUCUGCCUGGUUUCCUCCCACCACAAUACUGGCCGCCGUCGUAUAAGUAAAAUAUUCUUGAGUACGGCGUAUAACACCAAUCAAAUAAAUAAAUAAGUAUAUCAGACGUAUGACUUAUAGCAAGCAUUAGCAAAUGGCUAUAGAUUUGUUGAUGAUGUCCAGCUUCUACAGUAUAUGUCCAACUAUCUUCAUUUAUCAACCACUUGUGUGUCUAUAUUUCGGGGGUUCUUCGACGGAUCAGUUUAACCUGUAUCUGUUCAUAUGACCACCCCAAGACCAAGGAUACCGGGCAUUAUGGGUCAUAUACCCAAUAAAUAUGGGUCAAAGGUAAGAGGGGCUAUCAGCUAUACCUGUGAGACAUAGAAUGGUUUCCGUUGGUCGCUUCCAUCAUCAUUUAGUUUCCUCCACCCUUAGAACUGCCACCACUUUAUGAGUGAAGAAGUUGUUGAGAAUGCAAAACCACCAAACAUAAAAACUAAAACUUUGAAGGGAAGCUUUUCUUCACACAUGAUUAUAAAUAGUGGGCGAUACAGAAGCAUGUGUACGUAUGGUGGAGGGAAACUGGGUUGUACAAAUUGAAAGCAAGUGUUCUGCAAGUUACUUAUUUAACAAACCUUAUGUUGAUGUGAAAAGAAAAAUAUACCAGCGAUUUUUUUUUUCAAGUAUAUGUGGAUUUAUUACAGUAAAGUGACAACAUGCUGUACUAAGUAAAUAAUAAAGGAACAUG